UUCGCCCCGGCUGGGAAUUUGCCGAUGCGCCCUCCCGCGGACGGAAGCGGAGCCCUUUGAGGGCAGGACCGAGACGCCUUCCCCGGCAGGAAACAUGUCCGCGGGCCGGCCGUUCCGCGGGUGCGCCUGCUUUUUCACCGACAACAUCUUCGUGGGGCGGUUCGGGCUGCACGUGCGGUACCGGGACGGGCCGCAGCUCCGCCGGGACCACGGCCGGGCGCUGCGGGAGCGCGGCUGCCGGAGCGAGGAGCAGUUCCGGGACGUGCUGAGGGAGGUUGAGGCAGAAGUGCAGAGAAGAAAACAGUUAACCCAUCAGUCAGCGGAACACAGAGCCAUCAUCUCCAAGUGCUACAAACCAAAACACCCAGAGGUGUACACUCUGCAGGAUUCCUUCCUGGCCCCAGAGUUUCUGGAAAUCGAGAGGUUCUGCACAUCUCCAGGUGCUGAUCUCCAAGGCCUCCUGAGCUACCUCGAGUCCUUCUCAGAUAAGAGGAUCUAUCGACUCCCAGUGUUCACAGAGCAGUUCUGCCAGGCCUUGGUGGAUGAGCUGGAGAACUUUGAGCAGUCGGAUAUGCCUAAAGGCAGGCCCAACACCAUGAACAACUACGGGGUUUUGCUGAACGAGCUGGGCAUGGACGAGCCUUUCCUGACGCCGCUGCGGGAGCGGCUCCUGCCCAUCACGGCCCUGCUGUACCCGGAGCUGGGCGGGGCCUGCCUGGACAGCCACAAAGCUUUUGUGGUCAAGUACUCCCUGCACGAGGACCUGGACCUGAGCUCUCACUACGACAACGCUGAAGUCACCUUGAACGUUUCCCUGGGAAAAGAAUUCACAGAAGGAAACUUGUACUUCGGGGAUUUCAACCAGGAUCCCACGCCCGUGCCCAAGUACAUCGAGGUGGAGCACGUGGGGGGCCGGGGGCUGCUGCACCGAGGGGGGCAGAUCCACGGGGCCCUGCCCAUCGCCUCCGGGGAGCGCUGGAACCUCAUCGUGUGGAUGAGGUCAUCGGCCGUCAGGAACCAGCUGUGCCCCAUGUGCCGCAGGAAACCCGAGCUGGUGGAGGCCGAGGGCUUCGGGGACGGCUUCACAGAGCCCCCGCGGGAGGAGCCCGUGGAUGUGUGUGCCCUGGGGUAGCAGGGAUGGGCGGGAUUUCCCCACGCCGAGCUGCCCAGAGCUCCUUUCUGACCUCCCAGGCUGCACUCGCGGGCUCUGCGGGGCACACGAGUCCUGCAAGGAACAGCUCUCGCCUUGGGAAGGGAUGCAGAGCCAGCCCUGCCAGGGAUCCAGCUGGAAGAGCUGGAACUCAGCUCCUGAGGGCUCAGGCUGGGGCUGGAGGACUCUGUAAGGCACAGAAACCCCGACUCUGAUCCUCUGCUGGAGCCCUGUCAAUAUUUCCAAGUGCACAAGGAAAACACCCAAAGCUCCUUGGCCUCUCUGCCAACAGCAGCACCCCAGGUCCCGCUGGAAACGGGGAAGAAUGGGGCAAUAAAACAUUUCUCUGCUGUU